UAUUGUUGUGACACAAUACACAUAUUAAAACUAGGGUGAGGAUAUUUUUCUUACCGGUCGUAUGUUUUUGAGGGGUUUAUGUUACUCCUUACUCCGUAUUACAUUGGCUAGGUAGAGUUCUUGUAUAGCAAGAGCCCUAGAGGUCGCCGUCUGCUAAGAGGUCGUCCGACUAUAUGUACUGUACGGGGAAAAUACGACUCGAGUUAUACCGUACACUUCUUCUUCUACCUGACUGCCUGAGUGGUAUCUUCCGAGAGAAAGAGAGAGAUGGAGUCAGACAAUGGAGCUUUCAUGGAGAAGUUCACACUGCCUCCAUUUUCUUCUUCUGGGGAGCUUCCUUUAGCUGGUCUCACUUUUGCUGUCAAAGAUAUAUUUGAUUUGGAAGGGUUUGUAACUGGGUUUGGGAAUCCUGAUUGGGCAAGAACUCAUACACCAGCCAAAUCCACAGCUCCUGCUGUUUUGGCUCUCUUAAAGGCAGGUGCUACUUGUGUUGGUAAAACUGUCAUGGAUGAAAUGGCUUACAGCAUAAACGGAGAAAACAUGCAUUAUGGCACCCCUAAGAAUCCAUGUGCAGCAGAUCGCAUUCCUGGGGGAUCUUCUAGUGGUUCUGCUGUUGCAGUUGGCGCAAACAUUGUAGAUCUUUCUUUGGGUACGGACACUGGAGGAAGUGUAAGAGUCCCAGCAGCAUUCUGUAAAAUAUAUGGAAUUCGGCCUUCGCAUGGGGUUGUCUCUGUUGAUGGUGUUAUUCCUAUGGCACAGAGUUUUGAUACAGUUGGAUGGUUUGCUAGGGAUCCAGCAAUCUUGAAGAGAGUAGGGAAUGUGCUACUUCCACCCCUUGAUCAUCCUCUUGUGACCCCGAGUCAAAUAAUUGUUGCUGAAGAUUGCUUCAAACUUCUAAACAUCCCAAUUGAUAGAGUAAAACAAGUUCUUGUCAAGUCCGUGGAGAAAUCAUUUGGAGGUCAGGUUCUGAAAUAUAUGGACAUUGGAGACUAUGUCAAAGACAAUGUUCCCAGUCUAAAGCAUUUCAUGAACCAGGGUGACGAUACAAAAGUGUACAGCAUACCAUCUUUGGUAGCCCUUUCAAGUGCUAUGAGAAUACUACAAAGAAAUGAGUUUAAGGUUAACCAUGGCGAAUGGGUCUCUUCCAACAAACCAAAUUUGGGAGCAGGACUAAAGGAACGAAUUUGGGAGGCCGUGUGGGCUAAAGAUGAUAAUAUCGACAUUUGCCACUCUGUCAGGACGGAAUUGCGUGCUGCCCUCUCUUCUCUCCUGGGGGAUGUUGGCAUCCUUGCAAUCCCGACAGUUCCAGGCCCACCACCAAAAUUACAGACUGAGGCGUCCACUUUGGAAACCUUUCGAGCUAGAGCUUUUAGCUUACUCUCCAUUGCCGGGGUAUCUGGAUUUUGUCAGGUAAGUAUACCGCUAGGAUUGUAUGAUGAUCUUCCUGUGUCUGUAUCGUUGUUGGCUAAACAUGGUUCAGACAUGUUCCUACUCAAUCUUGUGGAGACUCUUUCUGGAACUCUCGGCGAACAUAUUGAUGCUGCUGUAAAAUCGAGCCUGUGAUUCCUCGUCUGAUAUGGGAUGUACAGUGUCCUUUUUCUCGACGACUUUGUCUGAAUAAAUAAUGUACAUCAUGAUCAGUGUUUGUGUAUAACUGUAUAAGUAUAUGAAAUGAACAUAUUGAUUCUGCUAUAAAAUCAGGCCUGUGAAGUGUGAAUGUCUAUCCUAAACUCGAUAUUCCCUACUUAAUCUUGGUGAUGUACUAAAAAUUUCCUUCUCUGAUUUAGGAUAUAGUAUGUGAUUUUGUUA